GGUCAAUAAAUGAGACAACCUCAUAUAGCACGAGUUAAUCUGUUAAAGGAAAUUUUUUGGAGAAAUAUUGCAGUGCAGUUCACCCACUUACCAAGUAACCGCAAUGAGACUUUGGCUUACUGCAUUUUUCUUUGUAACUUUCGCGCAAUGCGUAGCGAAUGGGGCCAGCAUUAACAACACACACAUAGUUCGCGCCGACAAAAAUGGUGGUACGGUAGUAUGCAAUCAGUACAUUGGACAGGGCGCUGAAACUCGCGAGGCUAUCAAGAACCUUGAUGAAAAACUAUCAAAAAAAUUAGACCAGCUAAUUAAACUGCUACAGCCUUCUCCUACUCCAGGUAAGAACGUUUUUUCCACAAUUCGUUCUAACUCACAGUGCAGUUUCUUAUUUAUUUUGUCAUGAAACUAAAAAGAUUCUAACCUUACUCACACUCGCUGAAAUGUGAGGACAUUCAAUUUGACUAGUGACAAAGACAUUUUGCAAUUCGGCUUAGAAAGUUUUUGGUUCUUGCCUUCAUAUAUUUUUGGCUGAAUUAGUAGUAAUGCAUACGCAAUUUAAGGAAGCCGACGGUGUGGUAAACUAAAACAUAAAACUUAGUGCUCGCGGUAUCAUUGAGAUAGGGUCCUUUCAGUGUCGCCCACAAUAAUGUAAACGCGUUAAUUAAUUAACUGCCGUCUUGCAUUCAGUGUUAAAUCGUUCGUUGUACGUGGUCUUGAUAUGGCUAAUAUCAUUUUCUAAUUCUCAACAGCUACAACGUGCAAGGAGAUUUACAACAAGAAAUUGUACGUAUAUAGAAGAUUUACGAUACACUAUUCCACUUCAUUUUCCGACGCACUUUUCUCCUUUGUAGACACGAAGCUAAGCCAUAAAAUAUUAUCGCGAAAAUCUGCUUUCCUUCAUCAAUCGAAAUUUCCAAGGCGCGAGUAUACUGAAACUGACGUGUACUAUUGUGUGUUGAAAAAAACGGAGAGAAUUAAGAUCCACAACAGGCAAAUGAUCUACACUUUGUUUUUGGCUCGACGCACAAGGAUUAUAUCAAAUAAUCACGAAAAUCGUUUCACCAAAAACUAAAGUUACUGGGUAAACAUUAGAACAUUAGAUAUAAAAACUAUAACAGCACUUAAAUAAAUCUUGAAAUACAGUAUAUGUCUAGACUUCAAGAUAGCAAACAAAAACAGAAUAAAAUUGUGGAAAUGGAAACAUUUCAGGCAUCCCACUGAUGAACAGUCACGACCUAAUAUACAUUUACAGCAACAAAAAUUUGCUAUCUGUCCCCUUUGAAUUGGUUCUUAAUUUUUGUCUAACAUUUUAAGAUUAAGAUGACAAAGGGCGGGAAUCGAUCCAGUAUUAUGUGUAAAAAUAAACUAAAACACCGAUCACUAGUGUUCCUUGGGAGAAAAAAGCCACGAAAUAUAAGAACUCAGUGAAUUUACGCUCAAGCUGGAAGGAUAGUUAAGUUAGGCGCGACACCAGAAGUUGACGAAAAAGUAAUAAGACGAAAAAGCAAAACUGACGGUAAAAAACAGUUCUGCCAAUCGAAAAAGUCAAUAAUGACAACGUUAAUCAAAUUGUCAAAUCAAACCUUGCGAUUCCUUCACAGCUCAUAUGAUGUCUCUUUGACAAGGCAGAUAAUUUCUUUUCGGAAAUUCUCAAUUGCCAUAGCGCCCUUAUUAAGACAGCCUUCUCUAAUCCCAUAUAAGCGAAAUAUCCCAGGAUGAGGUGAACCAAUGAAGUUGCAUGUUUUAUCAGGUCCAAAGGAAACAAAGCGUAUUUGCUUGAUGUUGGAUCCAGAAAGAUUCCCGUAUAUUGUCACAUGACCAAGCAUAUGCUUGAUGCAUGCGGAGGAGGUGGAUGGACGCUGGUCACGAAGAUCGAUGGCUCAAAGGUAUCAAACGUUGAAUGUUCUCACAAUUAGUUUGAACUGGCACCUUCUUAUUCCUAUUAUAAACGAUAACUUACAAUGCAAGUCAAGAGUCUAAGCUAAGAGGAAAAAGGAAUUCUAGUACGUGUAGGUUGAAAAAGAGUUAGCGCAAUGAUGUAUCAAUUCAUUUUAAGUCACGAGUACCAGACAAGGAACUAAGAGAAUAAAAUCAGAGGGCAAGAUUAGUAAACAACAAAAUGUAACUGUACCAUAUGUGUCGAAUAGAUAAAACAUCAAAGCGAUAGUAAGUUAUAUAAAUGAUGUUUCUCUUUUUCAAAUUUACCCAGAAAACCUUUCACUACAAUUCCAAUCUCUGGAGCAACAAAGUGGACUUCAACCUUCCAGCAGGGAAGACUGGGUUGGACGCUCACGAGACCAAGUUACCGACUUAUUGGAACACACCGUUUAACAAGAUCUGUCUUGGAAUGAAGAUCGGUCAGCAGUUCAAGUCUGUUGUCAUCAUCCAUCAAGCCAGAUCCUUGUAUUCACUGAUCGCAGAUGGCAAAUACCGAGCUACUUCACUGGGCCGUAACACGUGGAAGAAGCUCAUUGGGUCUCGGGCCUCGUUAGAGACCAACUGUAACAAGGAAGGAUUCAACGCAAUUGGUACCGAAAGCAAAGCCUCCAAAGCAAGAAUUGGUUUCAUUGGAAACAACGAAAAUGACUGUAGCAGCUGUGACUCCAGGAUCGGGUUUGGCACUGGAGGGUAUCACGAUGACUCCAACACGUGUGGCAACGAAGCUAUAGCCGCAGAUAACGGCGACCAGCACAUCAAAGCGAUGGGAUACAUUUUAGUCCAGUAAGGGCCAUAAUACGCAGAAACAGUCUUCAAAAGGGCUUUAAGGCAACUUAGGAACUGUAAAUUGCUGUUAACUAAUAGUUUUAAAGCAGACUCUAGAAUAAGGGAUUUUGAAAGACAGUAAUAAAAUAAAACCUUUGCGUAAGGCCAUGAACACGGUUUCGCUGAUAAAUCAUUGUGUUUUCCUGAAUAAUUUCGUUUUCAGUAGUUGAUUUCGAUCUUGAAUCAAACAAAGAUCUAUCGUUUUAGCGUGGACGGGCAAAACAAAGGCUUUUCAAAAACGUGAGUCGAUGACAUUGGAAGAGCAAGAAUUAAUAUCUUUUUGUGUAGGAAUGCAACUAGGUAGCAUACAUUGGAGAACGGGAACGACCCCAUUUAUAGCCGUGACUAAAAUUCUAGACAAAUAAAGUUCAGUGUUUUUUUUUUCAUGGUUAAAAGGAAAAUUUGAGUGACAGCCUGGGCGCUUUCAAUUCAACAAAAAUUCGAAAUUCCACGUUCCAAAAGGAACGGUACAUUCUGGUGGCACAUACCCGACCAAAGCCACCGGGCGUUUGGUAAUAGACCUCUUCCCCUUGUAUGUUUUGUUUUACCAAUAGAGUCCCUGGGGAACUUAACCCUUUGUCUUGUCAUAAAUUUUACUUACAUUUGCACUUGAAUAAGACAAGAUUUGAAAGAAACAGUUCUCUAGAGUAUUAACACAUGACCUGUACUGGGAAAACAAAACAAGCAAGCUGAAGAGGUCUAUCGUUCUCAUAAGCAGGAUGCAAAAGAGCGGUACUGGGG